AUUUACUAUUCUGUUUAUGAGUCAUACUUAAUCAUUAUUUCAUAUUCCAGAUCCUCAAAAAAAUAUGGAAGCAAAAGUACCGUACAAUGGAAAACCCUAAAGCAAUUCCUUGUCCAUGGGACUUAAAUACGUAUUUUGGACGAUGGAUGUAUUAUUCUUGGAUCACUAAUCCAAAAUUGAACUUCACCUCUUCCGCUAUGAUUAAAGAAGCCAAAUUAAUACACUUCUCUUGUUUAUAUGGAUCAAUUUCCAAUGAUAUCACUGAUACAAAACUGUUACAUGAACAUCAAAUCUACGAAAAUGUAAUUCACCCCGACACGAAUGAAAUACAAAACACCUUUGGACGAUUGUCAUUUAUGCCAAUCGGAAAAGCAUUAUUAGUUGCUGUUUUACUAUCUCAAUUGACAAAGAAUACUUCCAGCUAUGCUUGGCAUGGUCUCAAUCAAUCAUACGAUGCAUUUGUAAAUUUUACCAACCGUAACGGAGAUACCAAAUUCAUUCCAACUACUCAAUUUAGAUUCGGAAUAUCCAUGUUGGCUGCAACAGUAACAUCGACUUUUGCUGCAUUUCACAUUGAAAGAUUUCUUGUUAGCAAGAUAUGUCAUCCAAUACCUUAUCGAUUUGUUCCAUUGAUAACACUCGCGGGUGCUAGUUUUAUAAAUGUCCCAAUAAUGAGACAUAAAGAAAUCAUAGAAGGUGUGAGGAUAUAUGACUGCAAUAAAGAAAAAGUUGGAUAUUCAAGAUUUGCUGGAUUAAAAGGUAUAGGAGAAACCAUAGUUACAAGAAUUGUAAUGCUCGCUCCAGGAAUAGUUUUAGUUCAUUAUUUAGAAGACGUUUUAGAUAACAAAAGCUGCUGGUUUAGAAAAAAUAAAUGGGCACAUUUUCCUUUUAAAUCAAUUGGAUUUGGAAUUAUACUCGUUGGUAUGCUGCCAACAGCAUGUGCUAUAUUUCCACAAUUUAGUUCUAUUCAGUUGUGUACAUUAAAGCAAUUUGAUAAAGAAGCUUACAAUCAAGUCACAGAAAAAUCUACUGAACUUACAGAUACAUUAUAUUUCAAUAAAGGACUUUAAAAAAUAUCAUGAACU